CAAGAGAGCAGCUUCAUGACAGUGAACAAGCAAAUGGCUGGAGGGUCUCACUUCAUUUGGGUCCCCCUACUUCUCAGCUGUGUCCUUCAUACAUCUGACAACAGGAAUGUCCCAGAUCAUGAGGGGGAAACAGUUCUGGGAGAUUUCAUCAGUAAAACGGGAAACCCAGAAUUAGACCAAAUCCUUUCAAAGAUCCCAAUAACUUUACCUGGUGGAACUGAUUUCACAAAUGUCAGCAUAACGUCAGUUAAUGUCCGACUUUGCACUGGUUUGAAAGAAGAACUGGCAUCCUUGAAAACAAAGUUUCAGCAAGCAACUCGCCGCAGCAACCAUCUAGAUGAAGUGGCCUUUGGGUUGCGGCGGGAGGUCAGGGAGCUGCAAAUGAGACUCGCUACAUGCAGCUCAACGGCGUCGGCUGUAGCUGGCUCUUACGAAGCCCAACUACUGACGAAAAUGAAUCAGCAGCUGGAGUUAUUGACGGAGACUGAAAUAUCUGAAAUGCUGAAGAUCUUAAUGCUCACCAGGGAAGUGAGUGGUCUGCAGAAGAAAGUUGGACUUGCUACUAAUUCUACUGAAAGUACUGAUAUCACAGAUCUGCAGAAGAAACUGAAACAAAAGACUGAUGAACUGCUGGUCAAGAAACAGGAAAUUGAAAAAAAACAUGCAAGCGCCACCCUCAUUUUACAGAUAAUGUCGCUGCAAAGUCAGAUCUGGGAUUUACAACAAGAAGCGUCAAAUAAAGAAUCUGUUCUUCAGCCCGAUAAGAGAAUUCUGGGUCUCCAAGAACAACUUGACAGGAAAAUCGGUGAGCUGCAAGGCAAAGGCGAAGCUGUCUCCGCUGUGCUGGAGCUGAUUUCUGUACGUAGUAAGAUCACAGUGUUGGAGAAAAUGAUCAGCAUCUACAUUGAGAAAUCCAGGACAUCCACUGCUGAUGGCCAGAGACAAUGGAGGCAAAAGGUUGAGCUACUUAAAAAGAAGAUUUUGCAGCUGAAUCGAGAUGAAAAUAACAAAGAACUUACCAGAGAAAUUCUGAAGCUGCAGGGUGAGGUGGAUGGUUUAGCAAAUUUGAUAAUGACCACCAGACAGACACUGGAGGCCUCACUCACAGAGAUACGAGUUAAUUUGGAAACAGAGAGGAAGCGGGUGGAAGCUUUACAGAGACAGCUGGAGGCAGCGAACUAUGCACUGGCACAACCAAUCAUGAAAAUCAUCAGCAUCAUGGAAGAGCUGAGACAGCAGCAGCACACAACAUCAACAGGUCAAAGCCAGGAUAUCUUGGUUCUGCUCCAGACAUAUAAAACUAACUUUGCUAAAGCUCAGACUGAAAUAACAGAUCUGCAGGAGAGGCUGAGGCAGACACGCGAGGAGUGUUCAUCACUGGAGGACAGACAUACAUACACAAAGACAGAGUUGGAAAAGAAGAUUGCAGAACUGAGCAGAACUGAUAACGUCAAGGGAGCACUGAUUCUGAGCAUAUUAAACCUGGCUGGUGAAAUAAAGGCUUUGAAGGAGCAGAUCUCAACCUCAGACGAUAAAGACUUGAUUUUAAACCUGCAGAAGCAACUGCAAAAAAAGCAAGAAGAACUGAACUCCAAGACUGCAGAGACACAAAAACUUACUGCCAACCCACAAAUAAUUUUGACAAUCACUGAGCUGCAGAAUAAUAUAUGGGACCUCCAGAAUAAGUUUAACAAUGGGACCACCGAUGAAAUAAAUGCCUUGCAAAAGAAACUGGACAGUCAGAUCGAUAAACUCGACAGCACAGUUCAAGACAACAUCAAACAGAUGUUGAAAAUUAUAACGCUUCAGAGUCAGGUGAAGUAUCUGCAGGAUCUUCUAUCAAACCAGGAGCUACUACAAACCACCAGGGUAACCGAGCUCACAGAUGAGCUUAAAGCCAAGGAGAGCGACCUGAAGCAGUUUGUCGAUAAGCUGAAUGAGAAGAACCAGACAAAUGCUAAACUGAUUUUGACCAUCACUGAUCUGCAAACCCAACUCAGAAAAAUCGAAAGGGAAAAGGAAACUGAAGGCAAAACUAGCUCAGCUACUGUUUCCAAGCUGCAGGAACAGCUGAAGAUUAAAGAGAAGGAGAACAUUCGCAAUCAGGCUUUGAUCAAAUCUCUGCAGAACAGUCUGAACCAAACUGAGACGCAGUGUUCUGCAUAUGAGCAGAAAAUUAAAGACCUGGAGGAUAAUAUCGACGCCAAAAUUGAAGAACUGACUACCAAAUCUGACACUGUUAUUUCACUUGGUCUUCAGAUUUCUACACUAACUGGGCAGCUGGAGGAGCUGAAAAAGCAACUGCAAAACUCUGUAUCCAAAUCCAAGGCUGAUGCUCUUCAAAAAAUUAUAGAUGAAAAGACUAAAGAAGUGAAGAAAAAGACAGACGAGUUGAAAGAGCGAAGUUCUCAAGCACAAAGAAUUCUUCAGAUUCUUGCCAUUCAAGUGGAGAUUGAGAAGCUGGUUAAUGUGCCAGCAAAUGAGACAGACUACACAAAGAUUGAAGCCCUCCAAUAUCAACUCAAUAACUUGAUCGACGGGAUUCAAGACAAAGACAACGAAAACACAAAACUGACAUUACAAAUCUUGACUCAACAAGAUGAAAUAGCCAGACUGAAGAAGCAAGAAGAGAACCAACUGAAGGAAGAAGCCCAGAAAAUUAGAGACCUGGAGGCUGAACUGGAAAACAUCAGAAAUCAGAUCAAAUUAAAAACCAACUUGCUGGGUACAAGUGACAGGAGGAUUUCUAAUUUGUCGGCUCAGAUUGUAGAACUUCACAAUAAAAUCCCAGAACUGGAGGAUGAAAUAACAAUGCUGAAACAGUCUUAUGCUGAGAAUCUUGCAGAGCUUAAAGGAAAACUCACUGUGACAAAGGGCCAACUUGAAGACAGUCAGCUGCGACUCAAGACUCAAGAUGCAGAAAAUUUUAAACUGAUUACGGACAUCCUUGAUCUGAAAGCUCAGCUGAAAAAGACUCAGCAAGAUGCCGCUAAGAGACGAGCGAAAGAGAAUAAUAUCUCCGAUUUGGAAGAAAUGCUACAAACACAACAGAAAAAGAAUAAAAAACUUGAAAACACAAAUACAGACUUAAAGCAACAGGUCCAAGACCUGGAAACGUGCUGCUCUGUCAACACCCAAUGUGAAGACCUACAAAGACAACUGCAUCAAAGCCAGGAGGAUGCGGACCGUCUCCACCAUCAGCUGCGGGAGAAGGAUGCUGCCCUCAAACGAGUGCAGCAGCAGCUUGAGGAACAGAGCCAGGAGAAAAACAAACUGCAGGAAAACUACAACAAUCUUCUGAGGAAACAAGGUGAUGUGGAAGAUAAAACCAUCUUUGCCACAAAGAUGACCAUGGAUCCAAACACAGCUCACCCAAGAAUUGUUUUGUCUGAAGAUAAAACUGAAGUAUCUACCAAUGAGUUCAUGUUACAAGUCCCCGAGCUUCCAGGCAGGUUUGAUGUGGUUCUUGGCGUCAUGGGUGAAAGAGGUUUCUCCCAUGGCAGACAUUACUGGGAGGUGUCUGUAGCUGGGAAGACUUGUUACCACAUUGGGAUGAUCAGUGAAUCUGCUCCACGAAAGGGAUCCCUGUCAUUCAAGCCGGCAAAUGGUUACUGGAGCAUAAUUCUGAACAAACUGGGUCAGCUGAAGGCUCUUAACAUAAGACCUGUUGGUAUUGAUGUUGCUUUGCACCCUCUUACACUGGGUAUCUUGUUGGACUAUAAAGUGGGAGAGAUUUCUUUUUAUGAUGCUGGAUCUAGAUCUCAUUUGUAUACUUUUUCAGGUCAAACAUUUAAAGACAAAAUCUAUCCAUUUAUUAAUUAUUGCGUUGAGGAUACUGAAUUUCCAAGUCCAAUUGUUUUAGUUUCUCCUGGAUCAACUAACUGGAUAUCAUAAGGAGCACAAGUUCUAUGUGGUCAUUGUUUUGGUCAUUGUGAAUGUUGGAAAAUAAAAUAAUCCACUAAGUCAA